AUGAAGUACAUCCUGGUCACGGGUGGGGUCAUCUCAGGCAUUGGGAAAGGAAUCAUUGCCAGCAGCAUUGGGACCAUUCUGAAGUCAUGUGGACUCAGAGUUACUGCCAUCAAAAUCGACCCUUAUAUUAAUAUCGAUGCUGGCACCUUUUCACCUUAUGAACAUGGUGAAGUAUUUGUCUUAAAUGAUGGUGGAGAAGUGGAUCUAGACCUGGGAAAUUAUGAAAGGUUCUUGGACAUCAAUCUUUACAAGAACAACAACAUCACCACGGGGAAGAUCUAUCAUCACGUGAUCAAUAAAGAGCGGCAUGGAGAUUACCUGGGCAAAACAGUGCAAGUGGUCCCUCAUAUCACCGAUGCGGUCCAGGAGUGGGUGAUGACCCAAGCCAUGGUGCCCGUGGACGGCAAUAAGGAAGAGCCCCAGAUCUGCAUCAUCGAGCUGGGUGGCACCAUUGGAGACAUUGAAGGAAUGCCCUAUGUGGAAGCCUUCAGACAGUUCCAGUUUAAGGCCAAGAGAGAGAAUUUCUGUAAUAUCCACGUGAGCCUUGUCCCACAGCCCAGCACUACUGGAGAACAAAAAACAAAACCCACACAGAACAGCGUCCGUGCGCUGCGAGGCCUGGGGCUCUCUCCAGAUCUGAUUGUCUGCAGAAGUGUGGCGCCCAUAGAAAUGGCCGUGAAGGAAAAGAUUUCUAUGUUCUGUCAUGUGAAACCCGAGCAGGUAAUAUGUAUCCACGAUGUUUCUUCCACAUACCGAGUACCUGUGCUUUUGGAUGAACAAGGCAUCGUUAAGUAUUUUAAGGAGAGGUUGGACCUGCCUGUGACAGAUUCUGCGACUAAUUUGCUUUUCAAGUGGAGAAACAUGGCCGACAGGUAUGAAAGGUUACAGAAAACGUGCUCCAUAGCCCUGGUUGGCAAAUACACCAAGCUCAGGGACUGCUACGCCUCCGUGUUCAAGGCCCUGGAACACUCGGCCUUGGCCAUCAACCACAAGUUGAAUCUCAUGUACAUAGACUCCAUUGACCUGGAGCAAAGCACCAAAAAUGAGGAGCCUGUGAAAUUCCACGAAGCAUGGCAGAAGAUCUGCAAAGCCGAUGGUAUUCUUGUGCCCGGAGGCUUCGGAGUCAGAGGCACGCUGGGAAAACUCCAAGCGAUUUCUUGGGCAAGAACAAAGAAGAUUCCUUUUCUGGGAGUUUGCCUUGGGAUGCAGCUAGCAGUAAUUGAGUUCGCCAGAAACUGUCUGAAUUGGAAAGAUGCUGAUUCCACAGAAUUUGACCCCAAUACCCCCAUUCCACUGGUGAUUGACAUGCCUGAACACAACUCUGGCGAUUUGGGAGGAUCAAUGAGGCUGGGAAUAAGAAGAACUGUUUUUAAGACGGAGGAUUCCAUACUGAGGAAGCUGUAUGGUGACGUUUCUUAUGUGGAAGAAAGACACAGGCAUCGGUAUGAGGUGAACCCUAAGCUGAUUGACCAAUUUGAGCACAGUGACUUACGUUUCGUAGCUCAGGACGUCGAUGGGGAGAGAAUGGAAAUAAUUGAAGUGGCACAUCAUCCUUAUUUUGUUGGUGUCCAAUUCCAUCCUGAGUUUUCUUCUAGGCCGAUGAAGCCUUCUCCUCCAUACCUGGGGCUGUUACUUGCAGCGACUGGGAAUCUGAAUAACUUUGUGCAGCAGGGAUGCAAGCUGUCGUCCAGGUAA